GACCAGUUGACAGUAGGUCGCCAGUAAUCGUCAUUCUAAAGACCAAUCAACUGUUCGACUGUGACAAAUUUAGGGAUCAACGUGCGAUAUAGUUUAAAGCAUCCUUAUGAAUUAAAACUAUUUUAAAAGUCGUCAGUCGAUUUAUUUUACGUUACGAAAGCAAUGGCAUUAAAUCUAAUCAAGCAGAUUACAGUACUUGGACAACGUUCACUCAUAAGAAACAGUUUGUAUGCAAGAUUCUCUAAAUUGUACGAACCGGAUUAUUUAGAGACAGGAAAAUCGAAGGUUCCGCUGAUGCCCACGGUAAAUAUACAAAUCAGAAGCUAUGACUAUCCGGUACUCGAGAAAUAUCAAGAAUAUAUACACAAAUUGGCUGAUAUCAUACAGGUUGACAUUGACGACAGUUGGGCAAUGCCACCUGAGGAAUUCAAAGUACAAAGAUAUAAAGGCAAAACAACAGUGAUAGCAGCUACAUACAAUUUUAAACUAUAUGAAAGAAAUAUACAAAUAUCAGAGAUAUCCUCUAUCAAAUGUUCGGCACUAAUUAGGAUAUUGGAAGCAAUCUUACCACAGGGUGUCAAUCUUAAUGUAGAUGUUUUCAGUCCUGAGUUGGAUAAGAAACGAUACGUGCCGGACAAAGAAUUGCUCGAUUUGAAGUCUACAUUGGAUACAUUGAAGAGCAAUAAAUAGUUUAAAUUAUAUUGCUAUAAUUGAGAUGAGAAGGAUCUAACUUAUAUUGAGAUCUUGUGUGCGUCCCAUGUAUAUUAAAAAUACUCUUGCAGUAUAUAACUUCAAAUAAAUUGGUGAUGUACAAAUUUAGGAAUAAAUGCAACUUAGGCAACAAAUUUAGGAAUAAAUGCAGAAUCGCUGUAAAAGAAGAUUCCUUUUUUUUAUUAAUUUUGCAAAGAGAUUAUAAAAUAUGUGCAAAGGA